CAUCAAACCAUUUGGAGUCAAAUGGCAAAUUAUUUUUUCUAAAAUUUCUAAAAUUAUAUUUUUGUAGAAAAUUCUAAAAUUAAUUGUAAAUUAAAUAAUAUAUACUUUAAUUUCUAAAUUAUUUGUUGAUCUAUUGGAAAUUUUGGGAAUCAAUUGGAAAUAAGACAAAUCACCUAUUAAAAAAAAAUACGAACUAGAGGGACGAUAUGUCACUUGAAAUUGCCAAAGAUGCUGUUAUUUGUUAUGAUUCCUAUAUGAAAGGGGCCAUAAAAAUUGGGUUUAAAACGAUUAUACAUCCAAAAAGUAAGAUUUACGCCAAUGGUGGUCAAAUAUUAUUUGGUGAUCAUAACAUUGUAGAGGAAUUAUGCGUUAUAACAAACAAGAAUAAAUCAGAUGAUAAUAUACAUCCUCUAAUGAUAGGUUCAAACAACAUUUUUCACUUAGGAACAAAUUGUACUGCAUCAAGAAUUGGUAACAAUAAUAUUUUCGAAUAUAAAUGUAUCAUUGAUCCUGAAGUGGAAAUUGGAAAUCAUUGUGUGAUUGGUGCGCGAUGUCAUAUAAGGGGACCUAUGAUUAUACCAAAUAAUACUAUCAUAUAUGGAAAUCCCCCCAAAAGUUAUAGACACAAUGAUGAUAUUCAACCUCAAAUUCUCCAAAUUGACUUAUUGUCAAAAGUUUUACCAAAAUACCACAAUAUAAUUCCAUCUAAUUUAUAAUACAUUAAUAUAUAAAUAAAUGUAUCUAAUCAUAUUGUGAAUUUAAAACAAAAUUCAUUUGUACAAACAAUAAAAUAUUAAUUGAUCAAUUCGGAAUUA